AUGAAGUAUCAACACUUCGUAAAAUCGCUUCUUUUGGGCCUGGCCUCCUCUGCACCCGCCGUACCACCGAUCAAUGACCUAGACGUAGCCAUGAUGCAGUCCUGCUCUGAUAAGCCCCACCCAACUCUAGUAGACUACAACAUAGCCGGAGUCGCAUGGUGUGAAAAGCACGUCCGCGCCAACGCUCCAAACCCCCCUAUGCUCCCCAAACCCGUCAUCGAUCCCAAGAAUCCUCCGGUCAUGCCGCCUCUCCGCGCCCCGUACACAUUCAUGGUGGCCAACCCGGACAAGAAGAAGCCUGGAUUUGCUCUGCAGCCGACAUUCGAAAUCCUUGGAUUUGCGCCUAUCACGCGAGAAAUGUGUCUUUGGGGUUGGGUUGUGGGUCGCCAGAGUUAUGAGAUUCAGUCGGAGCAAGUCAAGAAAGGCAACAUUUGUCGUGGAAAAGGAGGCCGCUUCAUCGCCGACUCGCCCUCACCGGUGGGUAGUCCCAUGGAAGGAGAUGAUGCUCUUUUCAACAUGGAUCAGCUGCGAGAACAGCUUUCUCAGGUUCGGAGUACCGCGAGUAACGAGUACCUCUACCGAUUACAGACCCAGGAGCAGCUGCGUAGCGAAAGCGCGCGCGCUGACAGCUGUGCCGAGCAGGCCGAAAGACACGAGCAGCGCGUACGAGAAGUCGAGGCGAGCGUCAUUAAGUUUAAGGCGGAGGUUGUCAGGCUCGGGGCUGCUCUCGUUGACGCCCGGGCGGAAGCACGUCAAAAGGAUGUCGAGAUAGCUGCACUGGCAGCUAGGCUGACCACUGUCGGUCUGAGCAGUGCUACCACCAUCGCUUCUGUGACCUCCAACCCAGCCGCGCACGUCCCAAAACCGUUCGAUAUGGCGAGCACUAGCGAGUUGCGUCUCCACCUGCUUACCCAUCUCAUCUGGGAACAAUCAGCUAACGAAAGCAGUCUCGUGAGACUAGCACAGAAGCUUGUUCGAGACGGACCUUGCAAGAUGGAACACACAGCACGUCGUGUGCGAGGUCUUUUCAAUGGAAAAUAUGCAUUCGAUACACUCAACGCGCAUCAUGUCUGGGAACUGGAACUGCGCUUCCCACAAUACUAUGUACCGAUAUCAAGCUUCACUUCCAACGCUAAGCUAUUGCGUGGCUCUGCCGUUGACGGAACGAAUGGAGGCGCAGACCUUGGGGUUCUGACGGUCGGUAACCGCGACAGCAACCGGAUUUUGAUUUUCAACACCGGCGAACUGAAGGAUCUUGUGAAAGUCGACUUCAGAGCUGUCGAUCAAUGGUUUGAAGAAGACAUGGAGAUCUAUGGCCAUCCCAAAGACCCCUACAAGCGCAUCGACAUCCUGCCUUCUUCUCGUAGUGUCAGGGUAGCCAUCGAUGGUGUUACACUCGCGGAAAGUUCAAGUCCUCUAUUCCUUUUGGAGACCACUCUAAGAACGAGGCAUUAUCUGCCACCCACGAGCGUGAAUUGGGAAUAUCUCACACCCAGCAAUACAGUAACGCUCUGUCCGUACAAGGGACGCGCGGAGUACUACAACGUCAACAUUGGUGGAAAAUUGUACAGAGAUCUGGUAUGGUACUAUCGAUAUCCGACUUCCGAAAGCGCUCCAAUUGCCGGGUACAUGUGCUUUUACAACGAGCUGGUGGAAGUUUAUGUCGAUGGCGUGAAGGAGGCGUCGUAG